AAAAGCCUGCUGUUGGCAGAUGCCACACAUUUCCAGAUAGCUGGCAGUGCUGAGAGGUGCAAUUUGACUCAAGUAUUUAAUGUAUUUCCCUUGCAGUCAGAGGUCUUUUGUGCUGAGCGUAAUUAAACUGCGAGGAAGGCACUCCCUGCUGAACCUCCUUACCGUUCUACUUAAUACAUUACUUUCAUAGUGAUGACUUACUCCAGAAAAAAAAAAAAAAAAAAAAAAACACUGACAAAUUAACUCCACCCUUUCCAGGAGCCGGAGUAGCAGAAGGUGGCCACAGAUGUCUUCAGUUCCAAGAGCCUGGCAGUUCAGGUUCAGAAGAAGAUACUGGGGAAAAUGGCCUCCAAAUCGAUCGCUACAAUACUGAUAGACGACACCAGCAGUGAGGUCCUGGAUGAGCUAUACAGAGUAACCAGAGAGUUCACACAAAACAAAAAGGAGGCAGAGAAGAUCACGAAAAACCUCAUCAAGAUAAUCAUUAAACUGGCCGUUCUCUUCAGGAACAACCAGUUCAACCAAGAAGAACUAGCACUCAUGGAGAAGUUUAAGAAAAAAGUCCAUGGGUUGGCCAUGACUGUCGUCAGUUUCCACCAAGUUGAUUUUACUUUUGACCGGAAUGUUUUGUCCAAACUUUUGAAUGAAUGCAGGGAGUUGCUCCACCAGGUUAUCAAUCGCCAUCUAACAGUAAAAUCCCAUGGACGAGUCAAUAUUGUCUUUGAUCAUUUUUCAAAUUGCGAGUUUCUUGCUGUUUUGUACAACCCCUUUGGACCUUAUAAACCCCAUUUGCUGAAACUCUGUGAUGGAGUCAACAAAAUGCUAGACGAGGGGCACAUUUGAAGGGACAUUUGCAGGAAAUAAGUGUAUGUUUGUAUUCUGUGCACGAUAUAAUUGAUCACUUGCUGUAUUUUAUCUGUGCACGUUACAAUUGAUCACUUGCUGUAUUUUUCUUUGUGAUCAGGUUAUAUAUGCUAAUGUAUGUAUUAUUGUGCAGAAGCCUGAAUGCCUCUUUGCUGUGCUAUGCUGAAAAGAUAUUUUUUUUUUUUACUGCAUUGCUUUAAUAGACGUUUAGACUGGGCGUCUUGGCUGACUAGCACUGAGGAAAACUGGUCAAACUUGACUCAUUAUCCAUCAACAACAUAAAAUACCAAACAUUAAGUAAACACGCCUCAGUAUUACUGUACAGUUUAAUUUGCCCUUCUUACAGAUGGUUAGAUUUUGUGUCCUGCUAAAUCUACAAAAGUACAUUGUUGUGUAAUAUUCAUUAUGAUUCCAAAAAUGUAUUUUGUUGUUACAAACUUAUAUAUUUAUAAAGAGUUUUACUAAUGCAUUCCUUUUGUAAAUACUGGGGAUUUGAAACUCAAUGACCUCCAUCUGUUGAAUGUGGAAAGCUAAUAUACUGUAUGAUGCAAUGAAACAAGUACAAAAGCUUUAUACUGUAAUAUAAAAUAUUAUGUUGCAAAUAGGAAAGUGUUUAACUAAGAGUGUUUGUUUGUUUUUCAAAUGUUAUCUAACAAAUAUAUAAAAACACAGCUGGCCAAUGCUGUAAAGCGAAUAC